GAUGUAGAUUGCAAAGUAGUGGAUUUUGUUCUUAUUGGGUUGGCAUUCGUGACGUGACGUGUGACGUUGUUGGAAGUUGGCAUUUGGCAAUUGGCAACAUUGAACAGUUCUUUUAUUUAUCAAGAUGGCUGAUCAGAACGAAAGAGCAUUCCAGCGUCAACCUACGAUUUUUCUGAAUCGUAAGAAAGGCUUUGGCCCUAAAAGGCGUAAAUCUCUACGCUACCAUCGUGAAGUUGGGUUAGGAUUCAAAACACCCCGCGAGACAGAGAAAGCCUUCCAAAAACAACCGACCGUGUUCCUGAAUCGAAAGAAUGGAGGCAAGAAAAAGUUGAGGUUGUCCCGUAGUGUUGGACUAGGUUUCAAAACCCCUAGAGAGGCCAUUGAAGGUUCAUACAUUGACAAGAAAUGUCCAUUCACCGGAAAUGUGUCUAUUCGUGGUCGCAUCCUUACUGGGGUUGUCCAAAAGAUGAAGAUGCAGCGCACCAUCGUCAUUCGUAGAGAUUACCUGCACUACAUCAGAAAGUACAAUCGGUUCGAGAAGAGGCAUCGUAACAUGUCUGUACAUCUUUCUCCCUGCUUCAGGGAUGUUGAAAUUGGAGAUGUUGUCACCAUUGGAGAAUGCAGACCUUUAUCUAAAACUGUUAGAUUUAAUGUAUUGAAAGUUACAAAGGGAAGCAGCUCGAAGAAGAGCUUCAGAAAGUUCUAAGUUUUUUUUAAAUAUAUGACUCUAAGUUGAAUUUGAUGGUUUUAUUGGCCGCCCUCCAACAUUUUACCUAUUUUGUGAGCCAUAGCAAAGAAGGCAUUUG